AUGGCGGAGAAAGAAGUCCCCCUCACGGCCGUCAAGGUCGAUGCCUUGGUGGUCAUGAAGAUCAUCAAGCACGCCGGUCAAUCUUUCCCGACGACUGCGACCGGUUCGAUCGUCGGUAUGGACGUGGACGGUACCCUAGAGAUCACGAACUCUUUCCCAUUCCCGGUCGUUGAGAUGCCCGCCGACUCGCACUUCGACAACGCCGCCCCUAACCCGGCUGCUGCUGCCCCUCGUGCGAAGGCCAACAUGGCUUACCAGGCUGAGAUGAUCCGCAUGCUUCGGGAGGUCAACGUCGAUGCGAACAACGUCGGUUGGUACACCAGCGCGAACAUGGGUAACUUCGUCAACAUGAACGUGAUCGAGAACCAGUUCUUUUACCAGAAGGAGAUGAACGAGCGGACAGUCGCUCUUGUGCACGAUGUCAGCCGCAGUGCCCAGGGAAGCCUUAGUCUGCGGGCCUUCCGCCUGUCUUCUAAGUUCAUGACUGCUUUCAAGGAGAACAAGUUCACCUCUGAGGAGCUCCAAAAGUCCACCCUGAGACACCAGGACAUCUUCGUUGAGCUUCCAGUUGAAAUCCGCAACUCUCACCUGAUCACCUCUUUCAUCCACCAGCUCCAGUGCCCUAUCCAGUCCACUCCUACCGACCUUCCCCCCUCUCUGGCCUCUCUGGAGAAGGGCCCCUUCGUCAAGGACAGCGUUCUUGCCCCCAACUACGACAACCUGUCUCUCAGCAUCGACCCCUUCCUCGAGAAGAACUGCGACCUUCUCCUGGACAGCAUCGAGACCCACCACACUGAGACCAACAACUUCCAGUACUACCAGCGUUCGCUUGCCCGUGAGCAGGCCAAGAUCACCGCCUGGCAAGCCAAGCGCAAGGCCGAGAACGCCAGCCGCGCGGCCCUCAAGCAGCCUCUCCUGCCCGAGGAUGAGUACCAGCGUCUGUUCAAGCUUCCCCAGGAGCCCAGUCGCCUCGAGACUAUGCUCAACACCCGGCAGGUGGAGCAGUACUCGCGCCAGAUCGACAGCUUCGUUUCGGCGACAACGGGUAAGAUGUUCGCGGUCAAGGGAAACCUGCUGCCCGGAGAGACCGCCAAAUAG